AUGAUCUCACUCCUUAUGAAAAUUGUGGAGGGCUGUGUUCGCUACCUACCUGUCAUAAAUAUUGUUCUUAAUAGCUACUUUGCCACUAAUGGACAGCAUGUAAAAAAUCCAGAAAUAAAUAUAUAUGUUGUGCUUACAUAUUUUUACCUCUUUGAACUUGACCAGAUGACUUUGGCUUACUUUAAGAAACUGGCCAACAAUCUUGACCCUCACGACAUGUACAAGUUUUUAGCCUUUGCAAUGCAAUCUGAUUCAAUAACCUCCUGGAUGAAGGAUGGCUGGUGCCAGGUGUAUGAUGGGGAGUUUGUCAACCAUCGAAUUGUGGAACCCUUACUUAGGUCCCUGCCAGAAUUACAUGAAUAUAUGAACCAGCUGAAGGAAAAACUGAACAAUAAAACUUUACCACAAAAGAAAGAAAUUCCAAGUACAGUUCUACAACCCUUCAACCUGACCCAGCCUCAUCCAAGAAAGCUGCCAAUCCCUAUGAUGAUCUCAAAGAAAGCCACACCAAUUCCAGUUCCUGAAACGACAUACAAUGUGCCUCAGGAAAUGAAGAAAUUAGAAAGCAAAAAAUUUGAAAAUAAAUUAAUGGCCAAAAAAAAACUUUGGGAAGUGGACAAUCUUCAUAUCGAAUGUGCCAAUGCAACAAUGUCUUGCAAAACAUACCAGAAACUGAAAGCAAUUGAAGAGGAGAGAGAAGCCCAGUUGAAAUUUAACAAGAAAAAGGCAAUACCUCUGCCUAAUUUCCAGGAAUUGAUUCCCAUUAAGAUGACAAAAGCUGCUAUUUUGAGGGAAGGCCAACUCCAUUUAAAGAGAGAGGAAGCGGAGAUACAGAAAUGGGAAGAGUUAGAAAGUGGUACUCGAGACAUGUCACAGUUUGUUCAAUGGCAGACCAAUAUGAAGAAUCGUGAUUGGCAAGAACAGCAGAAUGAAGUAGAAAGUUUUCGACUUAAAGCUAAAAUCAGCCAUGAAGAUGCCAUCCUCAGCAAGCAUAAACUCAAAGAGAACAACCGACAACUUGUACAAGAUAUCAAACAAAAGGCAGAAAAGCUGAUGCAAAUCUUCCUCCGACAACAAAUUGAAGAAGAAGAAAAAUCAAAACAGAUUGUCCUUAGCAUUGCACAAGGGCAUAAGAAAGCCAAGGAAGCUAGAAAGAACAUUCAAGAAUACAAAAAAAAGAUUGUGGAAGAGAUGCAGAAAGAAAACCAACAGCUGAUGGCUGAUGCACUCGAACAAGCAGAAACUGAAAUGAGAAACCGGCUGGAAGUGAUUAAUGAAAUUCGAGCCAUGGCUGCAAUGUCAACCAAUCGGCAUCAAAAACUCAUUGAUCUCACUCAAACAGCAAAUAUUGGCCUUCUGUGUGAAAUGUCCCUUGUUGAGCUGAAAGAACGUUUAAUCUUGAUGAAAACUGAGAAACAGAGGAAAAUUGAACAAAAACGAGAUGAAAUCCUUGCUUCUAAGCAGGCUUCACAGGAUUUGGUUCUUGACACUUUAGAAAUCAUCUUAAAACAUCGCAAUGAAAACUCAGCAUCCCGCAAGAACCAAGUCAAAGAAAGAAAGCCUAUGAAGCCAGAGAUCACUGAUGAAAAAGUGUUAGCCCUCAAGCAGGAACUGGCAGAAAAAAAAUCUAAGAGACAGGAGCAUCAAGUAUCAAAUUCUGUAAAGAUUGGCUCAAAGAAACUGAACGACAACUACACAAUCUUCACUAAGGUGCAGAAGGAGAGACUGCAUUACAAACAAAUGGAGAUUUCUAAAGAAAAAUCUGCCCAACAAAAAUUCGGUCAGGCAGGGCAUUUUAGGAGCAUGGUCAAGUGA